AUGGAUCGCAUGGGCUUUCAGAUGCCUCACAUGGGGCAUCCGCCACCCAUGAUGAACCCCCCACCUCAAAUAUUCGGUGGUUACACACCCGACGGCAUCCCGAUUCAACACCUACCACCGGACCUUGCAGCUCAGAUGUUCCCCGACCAUUCAACUCUGCUCGAUGACGCAAAUGAAGCGAAAAGGAGGAGGAUCGCAAGAAAUUGCGGCGCGAAGGCUUGUGACAUGUGCAGGAAGAAGAAGAUCAAGUGCGAUGGCAAAAUGCCUGCAUGCAGCCACUGCAUCAACUACAAGACGGAAUGUAUUUUCACACAGGUCGAGAAAAAGCGUACCCCUCCCAAAGGCGCAAAGUACAUUGAGGGUCUCGAGAAUCGACUGGGCAGAAUGGAAAACUUGCUGAGGCUAUCAGGUCUGCUCGACGAAGAUGAGAACGGCGAGAUGGACCUCGGCACCCUGGAGAAAAAGCUGGCUGAGAAGCACCAGCAGUCUAGGCAGGCCUCACAGGCGGUCUCAAACCCCUCAUCGCCCUCUUUAGCCGCGUCUGCCACUCUACGAGAAAGCACAUCCACCCCGCAAAGCUCCCUUACCUCUCCCGAGCCCUCGAAAGAAUCCGAGAGGCGCAAAUCUACCGUUUCCGAGGCCCCCGAAAAAGAGACGGGCGAGGGAGAAGGGGAGGUGGAGGAGCUAUCGGAGAUGAUGUGCUCGCUCGUUACCAAUCAGUCUGGCGAGACCCGAUACAUCGGCUCCUCCUCGGGAUUCUCCAUCUUCUCGCCCAAAGGUAUUCAAUGGGUGAAUGAGAAGACUGGCGACAACUCUUUCCAGCAGAUGAUCUCGGAGGUCUCGAUUGACGACCACAAGUGGACCAACUGGAAGCCAGAAAUCUUCAGCGACCUCUUCCGCCGCCCCAUUUUCCGACCUCUACCGCCCAAGGCUGAGGCUCUGUCGUUGCUGAAGGACUUCUUCGAGAACUUCAACUGCAUGUUUCCACUCUUCCACCAGCCGACCUUUAUGCACCUGGUCGAGCGUCAAUACUCGAAUGACCCCUAUGAGGGAUCGGGAUGGUGGGCCAGUCUCAACUGUGCCUUGGCCUUUGCCCAUCGAUUGCGGGUUAUGAGCAAUCUCGUGCCACAAGAAGAAGAUGACAAGGCGUGGGCAUACCUGAAGAACGCCAUGGCCAUCUUCCCCGAGUUGACGAUGCGUAAUACCGACCUACUGACUGUCCAGGCCUUGUUGGCAAUGGCCCUUUUCCUGCAAGGCACACCGAACCCGCAGCCGACCUUCAUCCUCGUGGCCACUGCGAUCCGACUUUCCCACUGCAUCGGUCUGCACAAGCGUGGCACAGGUUUUGACCUCAAUCCUAUCGAGAUUGAGCAACGCAAGCGCGUAUUCUGGAUCGCGUACAUGCUCGACAAGGACCUGUGUCUUCGCGCGGGCCGGCCGCCUGCUCAAGACGAUGGUGACAUGAACGUUGAGCUACCGGAUGCCGACCCUUCAGAUAACAUCGGCAACAUCCCCCUAGCCGACGGCAAAGGAAAAAUGAACCUUUUCAGGGUGAUGUGUGAAUUUGCAAUCAUCGAGGGCAAGGUGUACAACCGACUUUACGCCACACAAGCGGCAAAGCAAUCCCCUGGUGAACUCCUCAACACUAUUGGAGAACUCGACAAGGAGCUCGAGGAGUGGAAAGACAGGAUUCCAAUCGAUUUCCGUCCAGAGCACGAGAUCAAGGCCUCACACACGCCACUGAUCCUGCAUGUUAUUAUGCUUCAUCUCACGUACUACAACUGUUUGACGACGAUUCACCGCAUGUCAGUCCACCAUGGGUACUGGACAAGUCGGCUUUCCAACUACGCGAUUCAAGGACUGAACACAAAGCCGUUGAAUCCUCGCGUCUUUGCCUCUGCCGCCCUUUGCACAGCCGCAGCGAGAGCGUCUGUCUCUUUGCUCAAAUAUGUCCCGCAAGGAGAUUUCUCUGUUGUCUGGCUCAUUCUUUAUUUCCCCGUGUCUGCACUGAUGACACUUUUCGGUAAUAUCCUGCAGAAUCCUCUCGAUCAUCGUGCAAAAUCAGAUACGAAACUGAUGAAUCUCGUUGUCAACUUCUUGUCCAUGCUGGGACAGGAGGCCGAAACCGGCGGCGUGCAUCGUAUGCUAGGUGUCUGUGCCGAGUUUGAGCGCAUCGCCAAGCUGGUGGUGGAAAAGGCUGAAAAGGAGCAGUCUUCGCGAAGGAAGAGGAAGACCCAGGACAACUCUAAAUCUUCCCUUGAUACGUCAUCGAUGCAGACCCCGAGGCCUUUAUCAGCGACGACGCCAACAGGCAACGGACUCAACGGAGUCAACGACGGACACCUCUCACCCAAGUUCAACGGGGAGGCCAAUCUUCGUCAAAGAAACAGCGCCAGCUUCAGCCCAAUGGCGGCUCAAAUGGCGGAGCCUUCGCCCGCGCCACCAUCUGCUGGCUGGCCUCAAGACUUUUCUAUGUCGGACCAACAAGACUUUUCUUCGUUUGGCGACAUGACCGGCUUUGGGCCUAAUGGCGGGAUUCGUUCACCUCAAAAUAUGAUAGGGGUGACGUACCAGCAACCGCUUCUGCCGCAGGAUCUAUUCUCACUCCCAAUGACGUUGGAUUGGGACUGGGCAGAGAUGAGUGGAGGCGCGUACCCGACUGUUGAAAAUGGUACAGUGGGAGAUGUUCCACGAUAG